AUGGGAUGUGGACCCUCCCAGCAAGCAGGCGACCGGAGCCAGAGCCGCGUGCCCUCACCCAGGAAGGGCUGGGAAGAGGGAUCCAAGGCUAGUGCCAGAGUGACUUCUUCCAAAGAGAACUGCAGCCCCAAAACAGAAGCUGUACAGCCCAAGGACACUGCAGACAAUGCUGAAAAUCUGGACCAGCAAACCCAGAUGGGAAGCCUGCCUGGGACUAUUCCAGAAAACUCUCCACCUCCGAGUGAAAUAAAUGGAAGAGUAAAUUCAGACCCAGUCGCCAAUGGAAUAAUCAAUAAACCCCAACUCCUGGAAAGUCGGGAGCGACCAAAGUCAUCAGACAUUCUGGAAGAGUUAAUUGUUCAAGGAAUCAUACAAAGCCGAAGCAAAGUAUUUAGAAAUGGAGAGUCGUACGAUGUCAUGGUGGACACAACUGAGAAGCCACUGAGAAAGCCGCCAGCCAGACUGAAAAAACUUAAGGUGAAGAAAGAGGUAAAAGAUUUCACGAUCCAAGACAUAGAGGAAAAGAUGCAGGCGGCCGAGGAGCGCCGAAAGACCAAAAAAGAAGAAAUAAGAAAACGGCUACGGAGUGACCGGCUCCUGCCCGCUGCCAGCCCUUCAGAUGCAGCUGAACCAGGAAGGGCAGAGGCUCCGUUUGCAGAAGGUCUCCCAGCUGUGAGCACCCCUGCUUCGCAGAGGUUCUACAUACAGGAAGGAGAGCCACGCAAAAGGAAGAAAAGCGGAAGUGAUGUGGCCCGGAUGAAUAGAGUUGACUCCUGUGCAGGUUUGGGGACUGUGGAGUCAGACAUGUAUUACAACAGAGAAGACGACAUAUUCUAA